AUGGUGAAGCACAUAGUGGAAGAAGCGGCCCCUUUGUUGCUUUAUGCAAACAGGCGGGACUUGCGAUUGGUUGAUGCUACAAAUGGCAAAGAAAAUGCUACGAUUGUAGUUGGAGGCUUGGAAGAUGCAGCUGCAGUGGACUUCGUGUUUGGUCAUGGCUUGAUAUACUGGAGUGAUGUCAGCGAAGAAGCCAUUAAACGAACAGAAUUUAACAAAACUGAGAGUGUACAGAAUGUUGUCGUUUCUGGAUUAUUGUCCCCUGAUGGACUGGCAUGUGAUUGGCUUGGAGAAAAAUUAUACUGGACAGAUUCUGAAACUAAUCGAAUUGAAGUUUCUAAUUUAGAUGGAUCUUUACGAAAAGUUUUAUUUUGGCAAGAGUUGGAUCAACCCAGAGCUAUUGCCUUAGAUCCUUCAAGUGGGUUUAUGUACUGGACAGACUGGGGAGAAGUACCAAAGAUAGAACGUGCUGGAAUGGAUGGUUCAAGUCGCUUCAUUAUAAUAAACACUGAAAUUUACUGGCCAAAUGGAUUGACUUUAGAUUAUGAGGAACGGAAGCUUUAUUGGGCAGAUGCGAAACUUAAUUUCAUCCACAAGUCAAAUCUGGAUGGAACAAAUCGGCAGGCAGUGGUUAAAGGUUCCCUUCCACAUCCUUUUGCCUUGACAUUAUUCGAGGACACAUUGUACUGGACUGAUUGGAAUACGCACUCCAUUUUGGCUUGCAACAAGUAUUCUGGCGAGGGCCUGCGUGAAAUCCAUUCUAACAUCUUCUCUCCCAUGGAUAUACAUGCUUUCAGCCAACAGAGGCAGCCAAAUGCUACAAAUCCAUGUGGAAUUGAUAAUGGUGGUUGUUCCCAUUUGUGUUUGAUGUCUCCAGUCAAACCUUUUUAUCAGUGUGCUUGCCCGACUGGGGUCAAACUCCUGGAGAAUGGAAAAACCUGCAAAGACGGUGCCACUGAAUUGUUGCUUUUAGCCCGAAGGACAGAUUUGAGACGCAUAUCUUUGGAUACACCAGAUUUUACAGACAUUGUUCUGCAGUUAGAAGACAUCCGUCAUGCCAUUGCCAUAGAUUAUGAUCCUGUGGAGGGCUACAUCUACUGGACUGAUGACGAAGUGAGGGCCAUACGCCGCUCAUUCAUAGAUGGAUCUGGCAGUCAGUUUGUAGUCACCUCUCAAAUUGCCCAUCCUGAUGGUAUUGCUGUUGACUGGGUUGCACGAAAUCUUUAUUGGACAGACACUGGCACUGAUCGGAUAGAAGUAACAAGGCUCAAUGGGACCAUGCGGAAGAUCUUGAUUUCAGAGGACUUAGAGGAACCCCGGGCUAUUGUGUUAGAUCCCAUGGUUGGGUACAUGUAUUGGACUGACUGGGGAGAAAUCCCGAAAAUUGAGCGGGCAGCUCUGGAUGGUUCUGACCGAAUAGUACUGGUUAACACCUCUCUUGGUUGGCCAAAUGGUUUAGCCUUGGAUUAUGAUGAAGGCAAAAUAUACUGGGGAGAUGCCAAAACAGACAAAAUUGAGGUUAUGAAUACUGAUGGCACUGGGAGGCGAGUACUAGUGGAAGAUAAAAUUCCUCACAUAUUUGGGUUUACUUUGUUGGGUGACUAUGUUUACUGGACUGACUGGCAGAGGCGCAGCAUCGAACGAGUGCACAAACGGAGUGCGGAGAGAGAGGUCAUCAUAGACCAGCUGCCUGACCUCAUGGGUCUAAAGGCCACAAGUGUUCAUCGAAUCACUGGUUCUAACCCCUGUGCUGAGGAAAAUGGAGGGUGUAGCCAUCUCUGCCUUUACAGACCUCAGGGGCUUCGCUGCGCCUGCCCCAUUGGCUUUGAACUCAUCAGUGACAUGAAGACGUGUAUUGUCCCAGAGGCUUUCCUUUUGUUUUCCCGGAGAGCAGAUAUCAGACGAAUUUCUUUGGAGACAAACAAUAAUAAUGUGGCCAUUCCGCUAACUGGAGUCAAAGAAGCUUCAGCUUUAGAUUUUGAUGUGACAGACAACCGGAUUUAUUGGACUGAUAUAUCACUCAAGACCAUCAGCAGAGCCUUCAUGAAUGGCAGUGCACUGGAACAUGUGGUAGAAUUCGGCUUAGAUUAUCCAGAAGGCAUGGCAGUAGACUGGCUUGGGAAGAACUUGUACUGGGCAGACACGGGGACGAAUCGAAUCGAGGUGUCAAAGUUGGAUGGGCAGCAUCGACAAGUUCUGGUGUGGAAAGAUCUAGAUAGCCCAAGAGCUCUAGCGUUGGACCCUGCCGAAGGAUUUAUGUAUUGGACUGAAUGGGGUGGAAAACCUAAGAUAGACCGAGCUGCUAUGGAUGGAAGUGAACGUACUACAUUAGUUCCAAAUGUGGGGCGGGCAAAUGGUCUGACUAUUGACUAUGCUAAAAGGAGGCUUUAUUGGACAGACCUGGACACCAACUUAAUAGAGUCAUCAAAUAUGCUUGGACUCAACCGUGAAGUUAUAGCAGAUGACUUGCCUCAUCCUUUUGGCUUAACUCAGUACCAAGAUUACAUCUACUGGACAGACUGGAGCCGACGCAGCAUUGAGCGUGCCAACAAAACCAGUGGCCAAAACCGCACCAUCAUUCAGGGCCAUUUGGAUUAUGUGAUGGACAUCCUGGUCUUCCACUCCUCUCGGCAGGCAGGGUGGAAUGAGUGCGCUUCCAGCAACGGCCACUGCUCCCACCUCUGCUUGGCUGUGCCAGUUGGAGGUUUUGUGUGUGGUUGCCCUGCCCACUACUCACUUAAUGCCGACAACAGGACUUGUAGUGCUCCUACCACUUUCCUGCUCUUCAGUCAGAAGAGUGCCAUCAACCGAAUGGUAAUUGAUGAACAGCAGAGCCCUGACAUCAUCCUUCCUAUCCAUAGCCUUCGGAAUGUCCGGGCCAUUGACUAUGACCCACUGGACAAGCAACUGUAUUGGAUUGACUCCCGACAAAACAUGAUCCGGAAGGCACAGGAAGAUGGCAGCCAGGGCUUUACUGUGGUUGUGAGCUCAGUUCCGAAUCAGAACCUAGAAAUACAGCCCUAUGACCUCAGCAUUGAUAUUUAUAGCCGCUACAUCUACUGGACUUGUGAAGCUACCAAUGUCAUUAACGUGACCAGAUUAGAUGGGCGAUCAAUCGGGCUGGUGCUAAAAGGCGAACAAGACAGACCUCGAGCCAUCGUGGUGAACCCAGAGAAAGGGUAUAUGUAUUUUACCAAUCUUCAGGAAAGGUCUCCCAAAAUUGAACGGGCUGCUUUGGAUGGGACAGAACGGGAAGUCCUCUUUUUUAGUGGCUUAAGUAAACCAAUUGCUUUAGCCCUUGACAGCAGGUUGGGCAAGCUCUUUUGGGCUGAUUCAGAUCUCCGACGAAUUGAAAGCAGUGAUCUUUCAGGUGCCAACCGGAUAGUAUUAGAAGACUCCAAUAUUUUGCAGCCUGUGGGAUUGACUGUGUUUGAAAACUGGCUCUAUUGGAUUGAUAAACAGCAACAAAUGAUUGAAAAAAUUGACAUGACAGGUCGAGAGGGCCGAACCAAAGUUCAGGCUCGAAUCGCCCAGCUUAGUGACAUUCAUGCAGUAAAGGAGCUGAACCUUCAGGAAUACAGACAGCACCCUUGUGCUCAGGAUAAUGGUGGCUGCUCACAUAUUUGUCUUGUAAAAGGAGACGGUACAACACGGUGCUCUUGCCCCAUGCACCUGGUGCUGCUUCAGGAUGAGCUCUCGUGUGGAGAACCUCCAACAUGCUCUCCUCAACAGUUUACUUGUUUCACGGGAGAAAUUGACUGUAUCCCUGUGGCUUGGCGUUGCGAUGGGUUCACUGAAUGCGAAGACCACAGUGAUGAACUCAAUUGUCCGGUGUGCUCAGAGUCCCAGUUCCCAUGUGCCAGUGGGCAGUGCAUUGACGGUGCCCUCCGAUGCAACGGAGAUGCAAACUGCCAGGAUAAAUCGGAUGAGAAGAACUGUGAAGUGCUUUGUUUAAUUGAUCAGUUCCGCUGUGCCAAUGGUCAGUGCAUUGGAAAACACAAAAAAUGUGAUCAUAAUGUGGAUUGCAGUGACAAAUCGGACGAACUGGAUUGUUAUCCAACUGAAGAGCCAGCACCACAGGCCACCAAUACAGUCGGUUCAGUCAUUGGAGUGAUUGUCACCAUUUUUGUGUCUGGAACGAUAUACUUUAUCUGCCAGAGGAUGUUGUGUCCACGUAUGAAGGGAGAUGGGGAAACCAUGACGAAUGACUAUGUGGUCCAUGGACCAGCCUCUGUGCCCCUCGGUUAUGUGCCACACCCAAGUUCCUUAUCAGGCUCUCUUCCUGGAAUGUCUCGAGGUAAAUCAAUGAUCAGCUCCCUCAGUAUCAUGGGGGGAAGCAGUGGCCCACCCUAUGAUCGAGCUCAUGUCACAGGAGCCUCGUCAAGCAGUUCUUCAAGCACCAAAGGCACUUAUUUCCCUGCAAUUUUGAAUCCUCCACCAUCCCCAGCCACAGAACGAUCACAUUAUACCAUGGAAUUUGGUUAUUCUUCGAACAGUCCUUCCACUCAUAGAUCAUACAGCUAUCGGCCAUACAGUUACCGGCACUUUGCACCUCCCACCACGCCCUGCAGCACAGAUGUCUGUGACAGUGACUAUGCUCCUAGCCGGAGAAUGACCUCAGUGGCAACAGCUAAGGGCUACACUAGUGACUUGAACUAUGACUCAGAGCCUGUGCCCCCACCUCCCACGCCCCGCAGCCAGUACUUGUCGGCAGAGGAGAACUGUGAAAGCUGCCCACCUUCUCCAUACACAGAGAGGAGCUACUCUCAUCACCUCUACCCACCACCUCCCUCUCCCUGUACAGACUCCUCCUGAGGAGGGGCCCUCCUCCUCUGACUGCCUCCAUCAGAAAAUGUAAAUACAAAUUCGGUGAGAUCUGGAGGGGGGGAGGGAGCUAUUAGAGAAGGAUGAGGCAGACCAUGUACAGUUAAAAUUAUAAAAUGAGGUGGGGAACGCUGGAGAUAUUUGUACAGAAGAAAAGAAUAUUUAUAUAUUUUCUUAAAACAGCACAUUUUGCUGCUUGUGCCAUAAAAGUUUGUAUAAAAAAAUUUGUACUAAAAAGUUCUAUUUUUGCAAACUAAAUACACAAAGCAUGCCUUAAAACCAGUGAAGUGACUGAGUACAAAGGAAACAGGAAUAAUAAAAGUGUCACUGACCAGGAAUGUCCAGACUUUAUUGAUACCAAAAAUAAAAAGUGAAGAAGAAGAAGCAGAAGAAGGAGAAAAAUUAAGUCCAUCUCAGAGCAGCAAACCAUAGAUACUUGGAAGUAGCCAAAUAGCCUUCAUGUUAACUGGCAUUUGAGGGCCAGCAGGUUACGAAAUCAUGAAAGGAAAAAAAAGGAAUUAAUACCUUGGACAGAGAACUUUGCUUUCUCUAGGAAUACAAUAGUUUUCGUGAAGAAAACAGGUAUUUAUAAAAAUCCUUUCUAGGUGUCUCUGUGGGAGGUGAGAUGAGCUGUCCGAUAAGGGGCCGAGGGGCUGUGUGUGUGCAAGUCCUCUCCCCCUUCUGUAGGACCCACACCUCUGUCAGUGUUCAUCUUUCUCUAGGUGUCUUCCCCUUGCUGCCUCCCCCAGCAACUUUGUAGGCCAUUUUGCCAAGAUACCAUGAUUUAUUUGAGUUUUUUUCUCUGAGGAAUUGAUUACAUAAAAUUUCUAAAGGUUUGAUUUUCCUAUUUUCAACAGCUCCGUUCCCCAGUGGGCUUAGCUCUUCAAUUUGACUGCUAUUUUUGCAUAAAGAUGAAAAAUUAGACUUAUUAUUGCUCUUUACUUCCAAGAUUGUUUUAAUGCUCAUUAAAAUGACUUUUUACAACACAUAUAGACAGUGUUUAAGAAUUACAAAUUUAAUCAUUUUGUUGUAAUUAAAUCAUAUAUCCUUGCAGUACUUUCAGCAUAUAAUAUCAUAAUAUGAAAUUGUUUUAUAUAUAUUUUUCUGAGUAAAACAUUUAAAUGUUUUGGUUAGAGACAGUCUAUUCUAAAAGAAUUUUCUGUUAUCAUUAGGUUUUCCCAUGUUAACGAUUUGUGACAUCUUCAUGUUCAGGCCAAUUAUUUUCAGAAUGUGGUCUACAUACAUACCUCUUCUAAAGUGUGACAUGAGUUUAGUAUCUUCCUGUUACCCACUGUGAAUGUUAGGUUUUUUUAAAAUGAUCCACAAAUUAUUCUUAUAAUCACCUCAUACCCUCUCUUGUCCUGUUAUGGAUUAAGAUAAUUUAACAAUGAGGAUUAAAUGAGAAGGUGAGCUGUCAGCUUCUCAGCUGUCAGCCCCUGAUGGGGGGAAGAGUGGGGACCUCACAGUCCGCCAUGCUGGCAGGUGCCAGCCCCGGUCUGCUGCCUCUCCAGCUGUCUUCAGCUGUCAGGGCUGAGCGGGAAUGACCUAGCGCUGUUCUGCUGCCUUGCCACAAGUUACUUUCCUGCUUUUGACUUGUGUCUAGUACUUCUCUGCUAAAUCUAAUAUGUUCUUAAACUGAUUUAUUUUUAAACCUUAUCACGUGUUGGUCAGUUAGUUGUUCAAGGAUUAGUUUUCAGUUCUGUCUUGUUGAAGCCUCUCUGGGUUUCAGGGCCCAAGAGAAAACAGUGGAAGACAGAAUUCAGAAUUUUGGUAGGAGUAAAGUAAAAUUUUAAGCAUUAAAACAAACAAACAAACAAACAAACAAAAAACAAAAAAAACCUAAGUAAACUUUUUAGAGAGAAAAAAUGUGGUUUAAAAGUAAUGCUCAGAUAUUGGGAACAGCUUGUAGGAACCAGGUGCACUUGGUUUUGUGUAUAGACAGUGAUCCAUCAGUGUCUUGCAUUUCAGUCAGACAUGUUAACUCUUCCCGUUGAUGGAGCAGAGUCCCCACAGUCUACGACACAAUGGACGUGGAACCCGCAUUCUGUGACACAUAGGAACACUUGAUGCUCAAUGAAGAUGGAAAGGUUAGCAAUAACUGGGUAUCAAUUAGAAUUUGAGGAUUUUAUAUGUUUACAUUUUUUAACGUGCAUCUUUAUCUGGUGGGCUUCCCGUGUGGAAACUUGCACUAUCAUGAACUAAGAAGAAUAUUGCCUUGUUUUAUCUCAGUCCAAGUGCUUGUACUGCGAUGGCAAUGGCCUCUUCUUGCAAAAUACUAAUCUGUGUGCCAAUUUGAAAUGAUUUGAAGGCAGUUCAGCUUAAUUUCAGUAUCCUCGUUCUGGAGUAGUUGGGAUGGAUUCUUAGUAUUUCUGGGUUACAUUUGAAAGAGAGAAUUGUCAAAUUUGGGAAAGAUUUACUGGCUCUCAGGUUACCCGGACAGUUAAGCUAAAGUAAACUGCAUCAUUAAGAUCAUGUAGGAGCUUUAAUUGGAAAAACAGGAGACAAAAUGAACAUAAGAGACGACCAAUCAGGGGAAAGGGGAUUUUCAAUUUUGGUUGCAUCGCUAGGUUUAUUAUCCAAAGGGAAAUAAAAUUUAAAAACCAAAGUAUUCCUUUUGAGCGUGUGUCUGAAAGUAUGUGUGCUGAACGAUGUGAUUACGGUGAUCCGAGGAGUGGGCACUGGCGGGGCACGCGCUCUUGUGCAGAACAGUCUGCGCUCGGCAGUCAAGUGCCCUUUCCCAGCAGAGGCUCUGGACUUGGCUUUACAGAGCCCUGGCCCAGGGCAUCCUGUCACUCAAGUCAGAUAAUGGCACAUUCACAGGAAAGAAAGAGUUGGUAGAUAGAAUUUUCUUAGUAUUAAUUUUUCUUCCAUGAAAUGUUAUUAUGCCUUUGGCACUAGCUGCCAUCUUUUGUACUGGGAUAUCAUGUGAUGUCUGUUUAGCUGAAGGUUAUACAUAAAAAUACUUUACAAUCUGCUGCCAUGAGGUAUCUAAUUCUUUAAUAAGUUCAAGGGCAGAUGUUCUAAUUAAACUACAUUGUCCUCUACUACAGGCCAGUAAUUCGGAGGUAGUGGUGGGGCUGAACCGUAAAGUUUUACAACCAUGGAGGGUUGUAUUCAUCAUUUUAAAAUACUCUUAAGUCAGUAACGUAUAAAGGCAACUCAUUUGAUAUUUAAAAUGUGACUAUUAUGACCAUUUAUAUUAGGUAGCUGUCAGUUUUGUAGUUUUGUAGCUUGUUUUGCUGUGAAGCUCCCUUAAUGAAGACUACUUCAAGUAGAGUUGUGGUUAGCUACAGCUCCCCCUCACCUGUUCGUGAAAUAGGUGUACUGAUGUGAGCUGAUGGCAACAGUCAUCAUAAGCCAGAGAGGCCGCCUUCUGCAAACCUGAUUCUCCACAAUAGGUGAGCCGCUGCCCCUUCCUACCUAGUUCUGUGCCUAGAUUGGAUUCCUAGGAAAUGGAGUUGUUUUAUUUCUUGCAGAGGAAAUGUUGCCAUUUCAUCAAUUUGCUUUCCAUAGGAGCUAUAUAUUGAUUACACUUACACAUUGGACAAGGUUCAGAAACAAAAAUCUUGAGCUUUUACACCACAAUUAUCACGUUCUUAAUAAAUGCGUGAUGCUUAAGUCAAUGUAUGGCAUCCAUAGUUUGGAAUGCAGACGUAUCAGUUGAUUGGCACAUACCUGGCCUUCACAAAUAACACUGUACACUAUGUGCAGACAUGGACUGAAUACUGGAUAAGCUUAUCAGCAAGCAUUCUGUAAAGCAUGUGAUCAGAGCGAUUAAACUCAAAAGAUACCAUUUAAUUCAGUAUUCCUUUCCCUAUCCCAAACGUAAAAUGAGCCAAAAGAAACAAUAGAUGAUUUUGGAAAAUACUGAUAGCAAGCUGCAUAGAUGUGGCUACUGGCAUGACAUCAUUUUAUAAUAGCCCCAAACUUUAGCUUUUAAAAUUCUUUGAGUUCUAGAGUAGAGAGCUUUAGACCUCGUGCAUGAAAUUAUACAUUUAUAACUUAGAAAAUUAACAUUUUAAGCAUCCAUGAAUCCAUAGCCUCUGAAUAUUUGUUUAGCUUGACUUCACAUCUCAUUUAGCUAAGCAUUUAUUUACAUUUGAGAGGUAGGGAAGGUGGAUUUUUAGGUUAAUUUUAAUAACUCAUCUUAAUGAUUGAGUCAAAAUUACCGACUCCCCUCCCCUUCUUUCUUUAGUUUUUUCCAUAAGACUUUCUUAAACCAUUCAUAGUUUAUUCAUGAAAAAAGACCUCAUGACUUUACAGAUAGAAUUACAAAGUAAGUGAUUUUUUGUACUUGUAAGUGUAGACGUAAUAUAAACUAACAUUAGAUUUCCCACUACCACUCAAGGUUUACCCAAAAGUUAACACCAAAGAAUUGUAGGCAGUAUACUUUUGCUUAACUGUCCAUUUUGGUAGUUUUGUUCUUAAAUCGAAUAUAAGCAAGUUGGAGAGUGGAGAUAUAUAUAUAUAUGUAUAUAUCUCCAUCCAUCCAUCCACUAGAUACGGAUAUUAAAAGGAAAACGAAGCAAAGAAAGUCUUAUUAAGUCCAACAGUGCAUGAACUUUAAUUAUCCAGAUUAGUGAAAAAAGAAGUUGAAAGAGAGUGAAGGGGAUAUCAAGCUUAAACUGGACUGGCCUUAUUUGCAAGUGAAGGAUUUGGUGCUGCUUUCAGAUGUUUAUCCUUUAUGUUUAAACAUUUUUUCUUAAGCUUUAAUCUUUGUCAUUGUCUUAAAGUCAGCUGGUGUUUCUUGUUCAUCGACUUUGACUUUGGUACGAUGGUGCUUUGCAAGGAUGUAUUUAUAUUAUAAUGACCAACAUUUGGUCAGCCCUUGUCCACUUAUUCACUUCCCCCUUUUUGUAAAAUAAGUGCUUUAAUUAUAAACUGUAUAAAACACCUUGUAUAAAUCCCCUUUUUGAUUAUUACAGUAAGCUGAAUUGUAACAAAUGAAAUGUUGAUUUUUAUAAUAAAACAAUGGAAAAAUAA